UACAAUACGUCCCAUGCCCAGUGACUUCGGUCCCCGACACAUCACCGAAUAAGCUUGUGACAAGUUACAGAGAAGGUUAGGCUGAAAAAGGAAUGGGUCUAAUUCCUUCCGAUGGCACACGUUCCCACGUUCUUCUCUUCCCGUUCAUGUCAAAAGGGCACACCAUACCCCUUCUCCACUUCGCCCAACUCCUCCUCCGUCGUUCCAUAUCUGUCACCGUCGUCACCACCCCCGCCAACCACCCUUUCAUCACGGAGUUCCUAGAGGGAACCACCGCCUCCGUGGUCACGCUGUCGUUCCCCACCGUCACAAACAUCCCCGUUGGAGUGGAGAGCACAGACAAGCUUCCCUCCAUUUCACUCUUCUACGAGUUCGCCACUGCCACUUCAGCGAUACAACCUCAGUUCGAACAACUCCUCCAGACACUUCCACCUGUAAACUUCAUGGUCACCGACGGCUUCCUCUGGUGGACUCUAGACUCAGCCACUAUGUUCGGAAUCCCCCGGUUUGUCUACUACGGCAUGAACUGCUACAGUUCAAGCGUUUCCAUUGAAGCAAUGACAAAGGGGAUUCUUAACGGCUCCCAACCGGACAACGAGUUAGUUGCGUUGACUCAGUUCCCGUGGAUCAGAGUCUGCAAAGAAGACUUUGACCCUUCCUUCAGAAACCCUAACCCCAAUAAUGUUGCACACAAGUUCAACAUGAAUUCAAUAUCAUCCACACAUCGCAGUCAUGGCAUGUUGGUUAACAGCUUCUACGAGCUUGAGUCUACCUUUGUUGAUUACUUGAAAGCGGGGUCUUCUCCUAAAGGUUGGUGCGUUGGCCCUCUUUGUUUGGCUGAAUGGACGCCGAAGGUUUACCCUGAUGAAGGUCUGAAACCCAGGUGGGUGACGUGGUUGGACCAGAAGCUUGAAGAAAAGCGCCAUGUUCUGUACGUGGCGUUUGGGUCGCAAGCUGAGAUUUCAGUUGAGCAACUGGGAGAGAUAGCAUUGGGGUUGGAAGAAUCGGAGGUGAGUUUCCUGUGGGUGAUGAGGAAAGAGGAGUGGGGUGUUCCUGAUGGGUUUGAAGAAAGGGUGAAGGGUAGAGGGAUGGUGGUGAGAGAGUGGGUGGAUCAGAGAGAGAUUCUGAUGCAUGGGAGUGUGGAAGGGUUUGUGAGCCACUGUGGGUGGAACUCGGUGCUGGAGAGCGUGUGCGCUGGGGUUCCUAUUUUGGCGUGGCCAAUGAUGGCAGAGCAGUAUUUGAAUGCGAGAAUGGUGGAAGAGGAGGUGAAGGUGGGGCUGAGGGUGGAAACGUGUGAUGGAUCAGUGAGAGGGUUUGUGAAAAGGGAAGGGCUAAAGAAGACGGUGAUGGAGAUGAUGGAAGGGGACAAGGGGAGAAAAGCAAGACAGAAAGUCAGGGAAUUGGCUGAGAAGGCAAAAUUCGCUACGCAAGAGGGUGGUUCAUCGUGGUCAACGUUGGAGUCACUGCUGACCGAGGGAUGUGAUUCUCGAGAUAAAGAGUGAUUUUAUUUCAAACGAAUUUAACAACUUUCUUUUUUA